AUGGCUACCGCUACUCCAGCUAAGCGAGUCGGCACUCACAAUGGCAGCUUCCACUGCGACGAAGCCCUCGGCUGCAAGAUCCAGACAUUUGAAGGUAACGACGUCGUUUGGUAUAAAUAUAAAUGGAGAUCCGCAUUGAGCAUAUAUGCUGAUUAUCCUCCUCCUCUUCCUCCUCCUCCUCCGGCUGUUUGGCAGGAAGGAAAGAGAGAAAGAGUUUUCCAGGAACAGAAAAGCUUAAUGGACAGCCAAAGAACCCCUAGAACGUCGUCCAAGAAGCCACAGACAGGGACAAGUUCAAUUGAUCUAUAUGCUGCGCAGUGUGACGAAUGCCAUAAAUGGAGGGUGAUUAAUUCAGAAGAAGAGUUUGAGGAAAUCAGAAGCAAAAUGAGUGAGGAACCGUUUUAUUGCAACAAAAAACCUGGUGUGUCUUGUGAUGAUCCUGCCGAUAUUGAGUACAAUAGCACUAGGACCUGGGCCAUUGAUAAGCCUGACCUUCAGAAGACCCCAGAAGGUUUUAAGAGACAUUUGGUGCUUAGAAAAGAUUAUUCCAAACUGGAUGCUUAUUAUAUUACACCCAAGGGGAAGAAAGUGAGAACCCGAAAUGAGAUAGCAGCAUUUUUAAAAGAAAAUCCCAUAUACGAAGGCAUAUCCGCUUCAGAUUUCGACUUUGCAAGCCCAAAGGUUAUGGAAGACACUAUCCCUGAGAUUGUUGGUAAAAAGGGUUCUGGUAGCAGCCACAAAAAAAAGAGACCUCUGAAGGAUGAGGAGGAGACGGGCAGUGUAUGA